AUGGGUCUUCGCUACACUAGCCCGCUGACCCAGGUCAUCAUCGUGGGCUUCAUUUGCUUCCUGUGCCCUGGUAUGUUCAACGCCCUCAACGUCGAUGCUUCCACUGGUGCCAACGGUAACACGGCUCUCUACUCGACUUUUGUUGUUUUCGGUAUCAUUGGUGGUGGUAUUGUCAACCUGUGCGGUGUCCGCUGGACUAUCUUCGGCUCUGGUUUCACCUACGCUCUCUACUCUGCUUCGUACAUCUACGUGAACGAGACCGGAAAGGUAGCCUCACCAUCGCUGCUGGUGCCCUCCUCGGUAUUGGUGCCGGUAUUCUGUGGGCUGCUCAGGUUGAGGCCAAGUCGCUCUCGAACGGUGUCUACAUUGCUUUUGUCGUGCUCGAGUGCCUUGGCUCCGUUCUCGGUCUUGCUCUUGCUCCUCCCUCGCGCGUUGUCCGUGACGAUGGCUCGUCGGUCGUCAUGGUCAAGUACACCAAUGUCGUUCGGUGCCAUCAACGGUGCCAUCUUCAACCUGCGUACUCGUGGUUUCAACAACAUCAUCUACUGGGGUGCCCAGAUGGUUGGUGCCUACGCCAUCUCCUUCGUCCUCGAUAACAAGAACAUGAACCGCAAGAAGCGUGGUAUCAUUGGAUUCGCCAUUGUCGCCGUUUUCUUCAACGUCAUGUGGGGCGGAACCCUUGCUCUCCAGAAGAACUCCACUGACUACCCCGGAGGUCUUAUUGACUUCAAGGACUCGUCCCGCGCUGGUGGACCCAUUACUCUGUACUUCGUCUGCGGUCUUGGUGAUGCUCUCUACCAGUCGUUCGCCUACUGGGUCAUUGGUGCUCUUACCAACGACAAGCCAGAAGCUGUCUCGCUAUGUCGGUUUCUACAAGGGUAUGCACUUGAGGCCAAGGGUGUCGACUUCAUGGGCCAGCUCAUCGGUAACUGGGUCCUGUUCGGUAUCUCUCUGCCCACCAUGGCUUACGUCGUCUGGAACAUCAAGGACCACUCCGAGGAUACCGUUGCAGCUGAGGACGAGGUUGUUCACGAGAAGGAGAUCUCCGCCUAA